GCCACCCUCCCCGUUCUUUGUAAUGUGACACAGUCCAAACCAGUCAGGAUGGAGAUUAGCAGGGGAAAGGCAGUGGGAAAAGCGACCCCCGAGGGAAGAUCUGAACCAGAAGGUGGAUUAGGAUCUCCCGGCCGGGUGGGGCGGUCGGGUGAGGCGGCGAAGGCGGACCGCCGGCUGACACGCCAUCGCAGAGGCUCCAGAAGGGGACUGAGCGAAUACAAGAGAAACUUCAGAUGGAGAAGCCCCGAGUUUUGUAGCCCGUCCCAACAGCAGAAAUCCUUGUGGGCAGGACUUCGGUCGGAUCAGUUUGGAAUCACAAGAGAACCAAAAUUCAUUUCCAAGAGAAGGGUACCUUACCAUAAUCCACAGAUUUCAAAGUCCCUUGAAUGGCCAGCAGAUUGUGAUUUGAAUGACCUGCUGGAGACUGAAGCUGCAGAGUUGCACACUGACCACGACAAUGAGGAUGGGAAUGAGGAAAAACUUGAAACACCAGAAGGACCCAGACUCCCCCCAGAAGUUCAGUCACAUGUGGUAGAUUCAGAUGGUGAAGUAGCUCUUGCUCUUGCAGAGAACAACAUGAAGAAAUCACUCUCAGAAGCUCCACCAAAUCAAAAUGAAGCAAUUUCUUCUCCAAAAAAGAAAUCAGAAAAAAUGCAUAAUGGGUUUCACAGAGCCCUUCAGAGGAAAGCAGAUGUAAGUAUCCCCAGAAAUUCUGAAUAUCAAAGCCAAUUUGUUUGGAAGAGUCCUCAUGAAAAGUCACCAAUACUUGCAGCUGAACAGCUGAUUUGCAACACAAAGAAAUCCAUACCUCCGGUUAAACCUCCUGCCAUUACUUCUGAAGCUGCAUAUGAGAGAAAUUCCAAGGGGUCUCCUGUUAAGAGUCCACAAGAUAGAGAUGGUUCAGAAGAAAAAGAAUUUCUGAGUAAAAGGGAAGAACCGUUUCAAAAACCAGCAGAAGAUGCAACAAAACAAGGGAAAUCAGAACAGAAACAUCCUAAACAAAAUAAUAAGCAACAUAUCAGUCCAAAGCCCCUCACUUUACAUACAAGUCGUGGGAAGAUGAACACUGAAUACAGGUCAAAAUUUUUGUCUCCAGCCCAGUAUUUCUACAAAGAUGGAGUUUGGUCUCGUAUUAAGAGUAAAGCUCACAACCAGGUGAGAGAGCUUCGAGAAAGAGCAAAGGCUUACAGGCAGCGAGUAGAGGGAACACACUUCUCCCGGUACCAUUUCAAUCAGAUCCUGUCUGAUAAUAACAGUCUUUGGGAUGUGUCCUCAACUUCCAGUUCAGAAGAAGGAAUCAGCAACAACAUCAGAGCACUAGAUCUUGCUGGUAUUUCUGAAAAAGAGGCUGCAGCAAGUCCUGAAGUGCUACAGCAGCCUGACUCCAGAGAGCAGGCUCAUCAGAACAGCACAAAGAAAGACAUGUCAGAUGCUUUAACUCUUCCAGUCAAAAGACGUUUAGUUUGGGAUGAACAAGAAGGUACUGAAGAAAGGGAAGAUCAACAAUCAACAGAAGAGAAAGAGGAAGAAAAAUCAGAUGAACAGGCUGCAAUCAUGGCCCAGCAAUUAGUAGAAAACAAUAAGGAUGCUAAAGAAGAUAAGAAAACUGAAGGUGAGAAUGCCUUGGUAUUGAACACUUCUGCAGCUGUGUCAAAUUCUUCUGUAUCCUCAAGAAGAGGCAGCAAGCACCCGACUCUGAAGCUGAGAGCUCUUGCAGGAGCUCCAAGGACUCAUCAUGAUCGCACUACCCCAGCUGUUGGAGGUACUGUUCUAGCAUCUGCUCCUAAGUUCAAAUCUUCAUCUUCACCUCAGAGAAGGCAACACUUAGCAACAGACCCUAUGAAAAAAGAGUCCUUCCAGCCUGAUGGGAAAGUGGAAGCCACUUCACUCUUUAACUCUGCACCUGCUGGGCUGGGAACUGUGGAUCCUCUGCCACUUAGGCAGGACCAGUGGCCUCCUAACAGGGCUGCUGAUGAGCAAGUUCCUCUUGCUUCAGCCCAUCAAGAGCAGUCAAAGUCAGCAAAAAGCUGCUCUGUGCCUUGCUGGAGUCCCUCUCAUCGUAUUCAAGGGACUCUUAAGGAUCCAGAAUUCCAGCAUAAUGGGAAUCUUGGCAAUCCAAAAGUGAGAACUUUCCAGUUGCCCCUUCGGGAAAGAAACCGUAAUGAUGAAGAUGACAGGUUGUCUCAGAUUUCUGCUCGCUCGGCAGCAUCUAGUUCUCUUGCGUCUCAGAUACUGGAACGAGCUCAGAAGAGAAAGGAUUUCUGGAGCAAGGCGUAGUCUCUCCUGCUGUUGUAUAGAAACUAUUCUGUCAAAUGAUGUAUUUUGUGUAGCUUGUAGUGUACAUUUAAAAAAUUUGUGAUUGUAGGUUUCACACAGCAUCCUUUCACUUACCAUUGACAUGGCCCAAGUUUUAGGACUUGCCAUCCCAGUUGAAAAUGAAGUAUUUAAACUGAUGAUGUUGAAAAUGAAUGUUCUUUAUAUCUGAGAGUUAGGUCUUAAUUCGCUAUGUUACAACAGCCUUGUGAGGCUUUAUUUUUUUUACAGUGCCAUGCCACCUUUUGACACUGAGAUAAUUAUUUUUUUAUGGAACCUGUGUGUGACUUUUCAAGGUGUUUGCUGCAGUUGUGCAGUAUGACCUGGAACAGUAUUCAGGCGUAAUACCAUCGUUCACCAAAUGUCUCAGUUGCUUUAUUUUAUCAAGUUAUCUUAAGUGCAGCUGUUGUAUAUGUGUUUAUGUUACUGUAUGAAUUGUCAGCAUAACACAGUGCUGUAACAAAGAGUUACUUUUACUACUUACUGCUUUUAACUUCUUACCAAAAAAUUCCAAUUUCUUAAUGACACUAACAUGGAGUGUCAUUAAGUGUAGAACAAACAGGAGUUUAAGAAAAGCGAAGCAUGAUGGUUUAUUCAUUGUCCACAGGUUUUUGGCUGGGAUGACUGUCAGGGUUUGGAGUCUACAGUAGUGUAGUUUGUCAGCUAUACUGAUAUGAAUACUUGUCUUGCGGAGUAAGACCCAUGUUAGUGUUAAUUUCAGCUUCUCUAGAAAAAGCAAAUUCAGCCCUUUUAACCAGUGGUGUUCCCCACCUCCAGUUCAAGCUCAGGUAUUUAGGACUAGUGAUAUCUUUAAGUAAACUCAAAAGAAUGGUUUUUUCCUUGACUUUUAUAUUUUAAUUACCUCUUAUCUUAGUUUCCUGUUUUGGGGAGACUGAUAGCAUUAUGAUUGUUACAGUGAAAAGUGUUUGUGAUUUAUGCUGACAGCUCAUUUUAUCCAAGUGAUGCAGACAAGUUAAAAUGAAAUAGAGGAAAUAGGUGGCUAGCAAGCAGUUUAGCUCCCUGUGUGGCUUCAGGUUUUAAUCCUACUUAGUAUGGAAAUUUUGUACAAGAACAAUUUGAAAUUUGUACACACUUGAUUGCAUUUUGAUUUUGUAUGUAAUUGUGUAUGUAUAUUACUGGAAAUAAAAACGGUUGUUUGCUUUUUU